AUGCCAGAAGGUCCGUCUGUAAAGAGGUUCCAGUUACGCUGCUCUCCCUUUGUGGGUCAGACAGUGACCAAAGUGGAAGGACGUACUAGGCAGAUGAACCCUGAUGAACUGAAGUCGCUUACGCUGUGCGACACUCAGGUCCAUGGGAAGAACUUAUUCCUGGCAUUUGGCACCAUUCAGGAAGUGGCACCCUGCAGUGACAGCGCUUCUCCAGGACCAUCUGAAUGCAGGCCAUCUGUUCCAGGAACAGCCACUAGUGGGGACAAUACCCUUCCCUUGGAAGGAAAUGCUCACCACCCACAGUGCCAUCUACUGGAGGAGCCUGAAGUUGAUGAUUUGCCACUGCUUACAGAAAAUGCUGCUAGGCAGCCCAGGAAAUGGCUACGCUUCCAUUUUGGUCUGUAUGGCAGCAUCCGAGCCAAUGAGUUUGCAAGGGCCAGUAAGGCAAACAAAAGAGGGGACUGGAGAGAUCCAACUCCAAGGCUGACCCUGCACUUCGACAGAGGGGGCUUCCUUGUCUUUUACAGCUGCCGAAUUUUCCAGUGUUCUUCUCCCACUGCCCAGCCAGCUACUGACAUCCUGAGCCCAGAGUUCGAUCGGGAGCAAGCGCUGGAGGCCCUUUGUAAAGCCACCCCUGUGUGCCAUACUCUCCUGGACCAAAGACAUUUCUCAGGGCUGGGGAACAUAAUUAAGAAUGAAGUUCUGUAUCUGGCAAAGAUCCACCCACUUUCCCUUGGCUCUCUCUUGCCACCCUCUGCACUCAAAUCCUUGCUUGAUCAUGCCAUUCAGUUCAGCUUGGAGUGGCUCAACAGCAAGCUACAGGGACGUGGGCUACGCCCACAGAUCUACGGGAAAGACAAGUGUCCCGCGGGGCAUGAGGUGAUGAAGGGAACCUUUGGGCCUGUGGAUGGCUUGAAGAGACUUACCUGGUGGUGUUGUCAGUGCCAGCUUGAAGUACUACCAGAAGAGAUUCAUGGCAACUGA